UUGACAAAAAGUGUCCGCCGACAUCACCAUCAUCAUCACAAGCGACGCCAAUCCUCCCUCGAAAAUGGAGCUUGCAGAAACGAAGAUGACGAUGCAAUUUCUUCUAAUCGCAGACGUAUCGGUGCCUAUUCUGCUGUUGAGGAUGAUGAAGAUGAGGAUGAGAUUGAAGCAGAACUUGAGGGAGAAGAAGAUGAGGAUCCAGAUGAAGAAACAGGCCUAGAGGCGGAAGAAGAUGACAAUCCAGAUCUUGGAGAAGAAGGUGAGGAGGAUGAAGAGGAAGAUGAAGAGGAGGAAACGGGCGGAGAGGAUGGCGAGGAAGCUGAAGGCGGAGGAUUUGACGAUAUUGAUCCCCAAGAGGAUGUGGUAAUGGUGGUUCAACACAAGCGUCAGCAAGGCCAGCAUAAACAGCAGAUACAUAUUGUUCAUCGUCGCAAAUCAUCAAAGAAGUCACAUAGAGACAUAAUCGAAGAGGAUUGCCCCGAGGACGUCCUCAACCAGAAUGCUCUAGUAAGGCUAAGCGGCAGCUGGCUGCAAGGAAUUCGCCGUCGUCUUCCAGUUGGUUCGGUUUUGGAGUCUCUUCAUCAUACACUUUUACUAUAA